AUGGUCAGGACAGCGGUGACCAUCGGUGCUGCAUGCGGCACGUUCUGCGUAAUCGCCUGUCUUUGGGCAGCAAUCGUCAUCACGAACGACAUCAAUGAGAUGUACGAUGAUGUGAUGGGAGAGCUAGGAUCCUUCCGAAAUGUUGCUGAUGACACCUGGGAUGACAUGAUGAUAAUGCGCAAUGGUGGCACCACUGCCGAGCAGUAUGUCCGUGGAAUCUUUGGUCGUCAGAAGAGAAGCAGCAACCAGUGCAGUUGUGGCUUACCAGCUCAGAACUGCCCUCCUGGACCACCAGGACCUCCCGGUAUGCCCGGCGAGCCAGGAGAGACUGGACCUGACGGAAAGAAUGGGCCGACCGGACUGCCUGGACUCAACAUUGUUACACCGAAUGACUAUCCUAAAGGGUGCAUCAAGUGCCCACCAGGGCCUCCUGGACCCGAUGGUCUUCCCGGACAGGAAGGAUUCCAAGGAAUGCCUGGUAAGCCUGGUGACCUCGGAGCACCUGGUAAGGAUGGAGAGCCAGGACAACAAGGAGAACAAGGAGACGUGGGACAACCAGGAAACGAGGGACAGCCUGGAAUGUCCGGACCACCCGGAAGAGAUUGUCUCACAGGAAAAGGUAUGCCCGGUAUGCCUGGACGUCCUGGUCUCCCAGGACCUCGUGGAGCUCCCGGUAACGAUGGCCCUCAAGGAGAAGCAGGAAGUGACGGAAUCCCAGGACCUCAGGGACAACCUGGAAAAGACGGAUUCAACGGAAUGGACGGUACUCCAGGACAAGCCGGACCACAAGGAAACGUUGGCGGUGAUGCUGAGUACUGCCCAUGUCCUGACAGAAAGAGACGGCUCUAA